AAAGCAACCUGGCUGAUGGUUAAUGAUAAUCUAGUCCUUUACCUCUCAGGAAUGGCUUUUCAGGUCUUUAGGAUUUUUGUACUUCUCUUUUUUGUAUCAGUGAUCUCUAUACUUGUUUUUAACAUGGGGACAAAUGUCCAACAGCUACAGAUGGAAAGUUUCAUGAACAAACAUGGAGGAAACAGAAGUUCACUUGAAAAUCACUUUACAGUGUUGUUUAUAGGAGAAAAUGCCACCCUGGUGACAGAGCCGAAACCUAAUCCGAGACUCCGAUGCCCGUACUCGACAAAAAAUCGUUUGAGAAGGCUCCUGUGUGGGAUUUUGAUGAUGUUUAUAACCAGGAUGCCCCCCCUCGACCCGCAAUGUGUGCCCAGUCACUGAGAAACUCAAAGGAUGAAUUCUUCAUGAAGGCUUUUCUUCCCAACGUCCGUUUAUUUCUACACAAAGACAGCAUCAACAUGAGCGAGUGGAACCGGCUUUCACAUUUUAACAAUCCCUUUGGUUUUAUGGAGUAUAAAUACGAGGAUGUGACCCCUGUCCUGAAACUGAUUCCAAAGCCCAAAGAGCCACUGCUUUCCCCCAAACCAGGGAGCAACGGCUGUGUGCGCUGUGCAGUGGUGGGGACUGGAGGAAUCCUCAACGGCUCCAAAAUGGGGGCAGAGAUUGACGCUCAUGAUUACGUCUUUCGGAUGAAUGGUGCAAUCACUCAGGGCUAUGAGGAGGAUGUGGGGAACAGGACAUCAGUGUAUGUUCAUACAGCUCACUCCAUCACCACAUCACUCUAUUUGCUCAAGAAAUAUGGAUACCAGGCUGCCCCCCAUGAUGAGGGUAUCAAAUAUGUGAUGAUUCCUGAGGGGCAGAGAGAUUAUAACUGGCUCAACGGUCUUCUCAAAGGAGAAAAAAUCACUAAGGGUCCCUACCGCAACAAGGAGCCAAGGAAGUUCUACUCAGGUCAGUUCAAUGAGACCCGCUUCUAUGUUCUGCACCAGGACUUCCUCCGGUACGUCAAGAACAGGUUUUUAAAAUCAAAAAGUCUCAAUCGCCGCUACUGGGCGAUAUUCAGACCAACCAAUGGAGCGUUUGCCAUCUUUUUGGCUCUGCAAACGUGCGACACAGUGGUACGCGUACGGAUUCAUGACCAAGGACUACAUGAAAUACUCCAACUACUAUGUUGAAAGGGGGACGAAGACCAAAGUGACUUUCUACAGCAACCAUGACUACAUACUCGAGAAGGGCUUGUGGCACAAGCUUCACAACAGUACAAUUUUAAAGCUGUAUCAGAGGACAUCAGAAACAGAGGGAGAAAAACCAGCGCCGCCCUUGACACGCCGAGGACACGGUUCAAAAGAGAGCCAUAUUGUUUAUGUUUCUGUUGACGAAUGAUUGUAUCAAAUGCAUCCAUGGUGUGUCAAAGACGGGUUUACUUUUUAUCGUAAGAAGCUGGGAUGGGUAGUAACUGUUUUUUUUUUCACAAUUUGAUGUUACAGUGUUUUUUUUUUUUUUUUUACAAUAAUGAAGUAUUGGGCACGAAUUUAAGGUUAAAGUUUCCAUAUGAAAGAGCUUUUGUGAAACUCAAAUCUUUUCAUCUGUUUGUGUCUUUCAUGAACAAAUGAGAAAAGUCAUGUGACUGUCUGUAAGACAAAGCAGUCAGGCUGAAUCUCAUUUGCCCUUCCCUUGGCCCUUCCCCAAGUGUUCACGUGGAGGGGUAGGAGUGUCCCAAUUUGUCAUUAUGACGUAGGGGGAGGGCCAAGAAGGAGGGCCAGUCACCCCUCCAAAGGAGAUUCUCGAGAGGCACAAUUCAAAUGGAGGGGUAUGAUCCAGUGGCGGCCGAUGGCGAGGGCCGCUUGUUCUGUCAACCUAGACCAUGACUUGCGGGUGGGGUUAUUGACUUCCGCAUUGGUGGGAGCGAUCGUUCCACACCCCCACUCAUUCCAGGCGCAUUACCAAACACAACAGAUAGAGGGUUCUUUUCAAUUACUGUUUCUUCAACACUGCCCGCCUGGAAUGCACGGGUGGAAACGAGCGCCCCCGCCAAUGCGAAAGUGAACUAACCCCGCCGGGGUUCGAGGGGUUAACUUUCUGCCCUACCCCUUCGCACUCCGUUUUUCUAGGGGUAGGGCUCAGGGGGAGGGGCCAAGGGGGAGGGCCUAAAUCUUUCAAGGCACAGGAUCGUUUUUCAUUUAUGAUUUAUGUGAUUUAACCAGAAUUGUGGCACAAAGAAACAGAAAUAAUGCUUCAUUCAUCUCUGUCUGGGAUGUGGCAGAGUGGCCAGGAAAUUAAACUAUUUAAUCAUA